AUGCAAUUGGGCCUUUCAGAGAACCUGUCGGCGCUGGUGGCUAGGCGCUUCACAUCUGCUAAAGAUGGCGGUCAUCUUCUAUUCUCCCAGACCCAUCUCUCCACCGUCUCCUCUUCAGGCAUCCCGUUUCAAAUUCGAUACUGCCCUGCUCUUGCCAAUAAACCUUCUGGAGCGCCUAAUUCUGACCAAGGCCGCACAGGGCCAAAACCCGAUCCUUUUGAAGACCCGUCUCCCGAGUUGUUGAUUGCCCAGAUUCCACGAGAGAAUCCGUCACAUACACUCGUACUGAAUAAAUUUCCUGUCAUCCCGAACCAUUUCAUCCUCGCCACAAAGGCAUGGAAGUUGCAGACAGAUAUCCUAGAAAAGGAAGACUUGGAGGCAGCAUAUUCUUGCGUCAAAGCAUGGGCUAAGGAAACACAAACGAACGGCACAGAACCUAAGCGGCUUUUCGCUUUCUUCAAUUCAGGGAAUGAAAGCGGCGCGAGUCAGCCCCAUAGACAUCUGCAGUUUUUACCGGUCGAGGCCAUGUCGCAAGGGGACACAGGGAACUGGCAACCUCUAAUUGACUCCAUUUUGUCGCAACGCAUCUCUCCUGGCUCCGAGUACCGAUGCCUGAGCUUCUUACCUUUCGCACAUUUUGCCCUUCCACUACCCCCGAAUCCCUCUGCAGAUACCCUCCAUGCGAUAUACCUGUCUCUAUAUCGAGCAGCCUUAGCAACGGCAAAGGACAACCUGGGAGACGAUAUCCAGACAAACACCAGUGGCCCCGCUGCAAUAAGCUACAAUUUGGCUAUGACUGACUCAGCGAUGAUGAUUUGUCCAAGGAGGAAUGAAAGUAGUCGGAUCCCUGUGGAUCCUGCCGCAUCCCAAGAUGUAGCUGACGCCGGUCUUGUUGCCUUGAACGGUACGGUCCUCGCCGGUACCCUCAUGGUAAAGGCGGAAGCUGAAUGGGAUCAAUUGCGUCGGAACCCUAGGGCUCUGACCGAUGUACUUGCGGGAAUUGGGUAUCCACAGCCGGACUUACGUGAGCUCUCCUUGCUAUGA